GGGUCAUUGACAGAAGCGGCAAUACCAGGGGGUAAUUUAUUGGUUUUCCUAAUAUAUUUUUCCCUGCAUCCGGCGCGGGUUGGCUGUGGUUUUGGCUAUGAGCUCCCAGAAAGGCAACGUGGCUCGUUCCAGGCCUCAGAAGCACCAGAAUACGUUUAGCUUCAAAAAUGACAAGUUCGAUAAGAGUGUUCAAACCAAGAAAAUUAAUGCAAAACUUCAUGAUGGAGUGUGUCAGCGCUGUAAAGAAGUUCUUGAAUGGCGUGUAAAAUACAGCAAAUACAAACCAUUAUCAAAACCUAAAAAAUGUGUUAAAUGUUUACAAAAGACAGUGAAAGAUUCUUAUCACAUAAUGUGUAGACCAUGUGCCUAUGAACUUGAAGUUUGUGCAAAAUGUGGAAAGAAAGAAGACAUUGUUAUUCCGAACUACCAAGCUGUUUCCGAAGUGUGCACCAAAUUACAAUCCUAUCAGCUUUGUGUGAGGAUUGCACACUGAAGGUGUUCCAUGUGUUCACCAACACUUGCAAAGAGACAGUAGGAUGGGGGCAGUUUCACCAUGUUGCCUAGACUGGAUUUGAACUUAGACUCAAGCAAUCAUCCCACCUCAGCGUCCAGGGAACUGGACUGCAGGCAUGUGUGACUGUGCAGCUCUUGGCCUCUACUUAUUGAAAAUGUUGGUUUGUUUUGAAUUUUGCAUGUGUGCAGGGCCCACAUUCUGUAGCAAUACACUUGAGUAGUUGAAUGUCUUACUCAAUACACUUGAGUAGUUGAAUGUCUUACAGAAACCCUUUGCUAUCUCUCCCUUACUCCUCAAAUCUUAUAAUAGAAUCUAAAAAUAAAACUGCCUGCUCUUUGUUAUCUGUAGAAAAAGACCUCCAGUGCUCUUGGUGACAGGAGGGCAAAUGCAUCCUAACAAAUCAAGGUGAGAUAAGAAGACUCAGUCUGUAACAGACAGAAACAAAUCUCUACAAACUUAAUAAGCCAUGGACCACCUACUCGACCCAUGUUAGAAGGGCAUUCAUAGAAGAAAAAUGAGUAAAGGAAAUGAAAACCAGAGGCACUUAGCAGAAUGCACAAAAAUUCAUUGGAAAGGGAGUCCUAUCAGAAUAGAUGGGAAAUUACCAUCCAUUACUCAGCUAUCACUUUAAAGCCACAGGCUAUGUGAUCUGAUUGAUCUGAUUUCAGGGAGCAGAUCUUGAGCACCAUUAAUCAAAAGCCAAGGCUGAACAAGCUGAUGUUGACCUAUGAAAUCCUUCAGGGAGAAUGGAAUCUUUCUUCAGCUCAAACUGUGUUAUUAAAUGUUGUCAGAGUUUUAUACCAUAUAGUCAUUUUGAAAUGCUGUGCUCUGUGCCAUGAUGUUCUGCCAUGAUGCUCUGUCGCCUUGAUGUUCUUCUGUUGGAGUUGGGUAGAAUACUCAGGGUAGUUUUUCUUUUAAGUUGUUUUCAGAUAAUUUUUUUUUAUUCCACCCAGCAACUAGGUCGGUGGAUAUAUGAUGUAUGGCACAGCUCUGAACAUCGAAGUUCCCUCAUUCCUUCACUCAUGCCAGACUGUCCCAGAGGCUGUGGGAGGAUCCGUGGACAGACAGUCUGUGCCAAGACAGUCUGUGCCACCAAGGAGUUUAUAAUCAGUCGGGGAGACUGAACAUAAAAACACAAAAGUUGGGUGGCGCCUGUGGCUCAGUGAGUAGGGCGCCGGCCCCAUAUGCCGAGGGUGGCGGGUUCAAACCUGGCCCCGGCCAAACUGCAACAAAAAAAUAGCCGGGCGUUAUGGUGGGCGCCUGUAGUCCCAGCUGCUCAGGAGGCCGAGGCAAGAGAAUUGCGUAAGUCCAAGAGUUAGAGGUUGCUGUGAGCCGUGUGACGCCACGGCACUCUACCCGAGGGCGGUACAGUGAGACUCUGUCCCUACAAAAAAAAAACCCCACAAAAGUUGAUUUUUAAAAAUUACUGGUCGAGGGUGGCACCUGUGGCUCAAGAAAUAGGGCGCUAGCCUUGUAUACUGGAGGUGGCGGGUUCAAACCCAGCCCUGGCCAAAAACUGCAACAACAACAACAGAUUAAUUGAAAAAAAAAAAAAAAUCACAGGUCAAGCAGUUGUAGACUAGUGUAUUUCUGAGUUCUGCCCUUGUAACUUGAACAGCUGUGCUUGCUUUCCUUGAAGCCGGUUUCAUCACUUUUCUGGGAGCCCCUGAAGCCUGUGUCCACCCCAUCCCUGCUGGACUGUCAUGGGACCUGCACAGGUGGUGACAGUGGUGCCCUUUGCUUAUAAUGGCCAAACAUUAGAAGCCACCUAAAUGUCCAUCAUGAAGAGAUUAAGUAAAAGAUGGAACAUUUACACAAUAGCAUAACAUAUUAUCAUUAAAAAAAGCACUUUGUGGGCAGUGCCUGUGGCUCAAGGAGUAGGGCGCCGGUCCCAUAUGCUGGAGGUGGUGGGUUCAAACCCAGCCCCGGCCAAAAAAAGAAAAAAAAAAGCGCUUUGUAUGCUGAUAUGGAACUACUUUCCUGGAUAUUUUUAUGGAUGAAGUAAACAAGGAUAUCUUCCAUUUGUUCCUGCAGAAUCAUUGCUGAUCCUGCUCUACCCUGCUAUGUCCCACAGGCAGCUAACCUACAGGGUUUACAUCAAUGGAUGUCCUUGCCCUUGGACUUCUAUUUGAAUUCAUUCAAUAGUGCACUGUUCCCUUUCUGUGGGAUGACUAUGGACAGGGUGGGAAUCUUAUGAUCCUCUGCUGGGAGAAUGGGGACUGAAGACCCCAUUCUUGGGAAAGGAAAAGCACUCCCAGAAAAAGAGGAAACCUAAAAAGUAAGCUAAGUGAUUUGGAACGAAGAAAAGUCAGCUAGUUUAUGUUUAAGCUAGAUAUUGCUAGCAAGCUUCUUGCCUUUUCUGAAAUCCUAGCCUGUUGGGGAUACAGCUUACAAACACCCUGCUGGGUCUGUGAGCACGCUGGGGAGAAUAAUGGUCAUAGAAAAGUCUAUGACAAGUCGUAGAAAAAGAUACAUCUUCUAGGUGUUUCCUGCCCAUUAAACAGACAAAGCAGGUACCCAUUGUGGAGAUUUGCAUUUGCCUGGGGCAGAGACCAAGGAGUAGCUUGAGCUCUGAGAUAUGGGCAGAAGAGCUUAUAUCCCUUAUAGCAGAGGAAAAUCCUCUGUGGUGGUGAUGGGAGGAAAAUGCCUUCCCCCAACCAAUCCCUCACAGGAGAUUAACGCUGAUGGCGUUUCACUCCACAGAGAACUAGUGGAGCUUAACACCUCCCUAGAAAUCUGUGUGUGUGACCUCAAGCAGGAGGCUCUCCUAAUCCAAGGCUCAGAUUUCAGAUUACUGAAGGCUGCCCUUAAGGUUAAUUAUAGUAACAAUAGAAGCUGACAUGAUCAAUCAGAGAAACUGCUGAUGCAUUUGUUCCCUCCUUCAUCUUACCCUCUAGGCAACUAGACCUCAACUAGACCUCAAUAAAAUCAGAGUGGAGCAAACACUCUGGGCCAUUGCUGGAAUCACAUGACAGGCAAUGGACCAUGGCCCCUGCUUUUAAUUCUACUCUAUGGGCGGCACCUGUGGCUCAAUGGAAUAGGGCACAGGCCCCAUAUGCCGGAGGUGGCAGGUUCAAACCCAGCCCCGGCCAAAAACUGCCAAAAAAAAAAAGUAUACUCUAUGUCUCUUGUCUUUCUUUACUGUUGCUUCUAACUCUAUAUUUCUUCAGUGGAUCACCACCAGUUUCCACAGGUCUCAGCGGACGCAGCUCUCAGGGUGGGACCCUGACAAUCCUCCACACACAGCUCUCUCUAACUUCUGCUUGGGAGAGGACAUUCUCAUCCAUCCUUCAGGUCUAGGGGUGGUAAUGGUGCCCUGUUGUUACUAGCCCCACAGGUACUGUACCAUUCUUUGUGAAUUCCCUAUCUUACUCACAUCCUUGUAGACAGUGCCUUUAUUAAA